AUGGCUGUCUACGGAACCUCCAGCGGUCCCUUCCUCGGCGCAUCAUACAGUCUGUGGAAGCUGGCGAGGAGCACCGGCAAGGCCGCCUGGAUCGCGGGGACUACUUUCGUCAUCCUCUUCGUUCCUCUCAUCAUCGAGCUUGAGCGUGAGGCCCAGCUGGUGGAGUUCGAGACCAGUCAGCUUGAUAUAAUGGCAGAGGCAGCACGCCCCGUGCUGCACCUUUUCCGCAUCAUCCUGCGGGCUCACCGGGAGAAGCUGCCAGCUCCCAUGCGGGAGCUGGGCGACACCUAUGUUAAGGACGAGUUCCGCAAACAUCUUCGUGGCAAGACAACCCAAGAGCAGUGGCGGCAGUUCAUGGAGGAGUGGAGGCGCUAUGCCGGGACCCUCGCGGCGUCAGAUGGGCCCCAGGCUUCGGGCGGUGUGGCCGCAGCUGACGCUUCGGGCGACAUCCCUCCAGAGGUCCUGGAGACUCUGACCCCAGACCAGCGGGCACGGCUGGCAAAGCUCCGCGCGGAGGCCCAGCGACUCCGUGCAGACUUGCUGGGGGAGUCCCGCUGA